AUGACGAAGCGCGCUCUCGACUCUGAUUCUACGACGACUCGUCGAGUCAAGCCCACUCUCGUUGACCAGAGGCCAUUCAAGAUCACCAACUUGGAUGAUGGCGAGGUGGUGCAUCAGACAUGUAUUGUGAUUCACGGUGAAUGCCAGGAUUUCGAUCACUCCGAGGAAACCAACUAUGUCUCGGUAUCUUCGUCUGACAUGCUCAAGAAAUCGCGUUCAGCUCAACACUGGCCAUUGAACAAAGGCCAAUGGAGCGCAGUCGUGAUGCUAUCUCCGGGAAUGAACAAGCUUGAAUUCAAGCUUCAUCACGUCGGAGGAAUUUCAGGAUCCCUGGAAAUUACCGUGAACUAUCUUCCCCUUUUGCAAUUGCCGCCCCUACAUCUCGCCAUUCUGGUCGCAAAGGACUCGCCUCUUCUGAUUGACUGCCCCCCAGCCAAGUAUGGGAGCAUAUCCAGUGCACACAGUGGCAUUGAAGCCGCAAUCUCCAAGCUUCGCAUGUCAGCAUACAUGUGGCAAGCUCUCACUGCCGAAGACUUCCGCCAGAAAGGAUUGGGAAGACGCUCGUUCCGCCUGGAGGAGGAAUGGGCUCCCAACACAACCAUGCAAAAGACCCAUCAAUAUGUUCCGGGAGAGAAUUCUCAGAUGGGUCCAAUGGCAAAGGUCCAUAUCAUUCGGUCGAAGAAGACUGUUGCGGAACUCAGGGAUGCCAACGUUGCUCAGCAAAACGAGCGAGGUCGGGACCGAGAUGCCUUGCACCGUUAUUUCGAGCAGGCACUGAUUGAUUUUGGCGCUCCAUUUGACUCAAAGAGUCGACCAGUUGUUGCUGGUCUGAUUCUGGAUUCUCAUUACUCCGCCCAGACAUCUAUGAUCACCGCACAUGCCGCCCUGGGCUGCCACAAAUCCAAGGGUGUUUCCUUGGGAAUCUUCGGAAGCCAUCUUACCUACUCCUGGCCGCGGUUUAUGGAGGAAGUUCCUUCCUGCCUAACGGACAUGACUCUUACUGGAGACACAGUCGGCAAUGAUAACGGUGAAUGUGAGACUAUGCGUGGAGCAUGCUUUGUCGGUCAAGGCGCCUUCCUGCACGAAGUCGGCCACGCCUUUGGCGCGAGCCAUACCACAGGGAUCAUGGCGAGAGGUUACAGCAGGAGCUGGGGAAUGAACUUCAUUCAACAAAAGGAUAACGGCUCGAUGAAAAACGACGCGAAAUGGGACUUGCAAGAUACGCUGCAGUUCAAGUUGUUACCCCAUUUCGCUCUCCCUGGUGAUGAUCCCGUGACAAAGGAGUUCCAGAAUGCCAAUGUGAAGAUUGAGGUUUCCCUGGGAGGAGAUGACCAAAUGGACACUGACGACAAGACUGAAGGCCUGAAGAUCUCGUGUUCUGCUGGACUUGCGCAAGUGAAGAUCCAAAAUGGCGGGGAUAACCCCGUCGUUCAUGAUCUGAUGGAUGCUACCAGAGCCGCUUGCACCCUAUUCCAGAUCCUGGAAAUCCGCGAGAAAUUCGAUCAGAGCCAACCGCUGAAGAUCUCCGCUCUUGGAAUGAAUGGCAAGAACCGUGUCGUCUCGGAUUUCUGGGCCAUGGUCAAGGAUCUUCCUUUCAUCCGUAUCCCAGACAGCGACGUGGUUCUCCAGAAGCAAUCUGUACGAUCUCAAGACCUCGAGUCAGCUGAAAAUGACGACAACUUCAUCAAAUGGGCCAUGCUCCUUCGCCACCGCGGCAAGGAUGGUCAACUGCAUCGUGCUACGGCUGUUGAUCUCCGGGUCGGAUGCACCAUGGACGGAGCGGUUGUCCACUAUGCGGAUGGACAGCACGCCAAUUGUGGCCCAGCGCGGAACAAGCAUAACGGCCAGCCGCACCGCUUUGGUGGACACGCCUCAGUACGACGUGACAUUCCUGAUGGCGAGGAGAUCACCCAGGUCAAGAUUCACAAGAGAGAAGACGGAUGGGGAAGUUUGUCGGGCAUCCGGAUGAUCUUGAGCAAUGGAGAUGCUUGGGGUUGUCUCAACUAUAAUGGCAAUGGCGAUGAUGAUAGCGAUGACGACAAAAACUCUGAUGAUGGUGACCAGGAGAAUGACUCUGCCAUUGUGACUUUGGAACCAGGGGAUGAUGAGGUGAUUGUUGGGUUCUACGGAAAGAGCGACCAGAGAAGCGGCUUCACUUAUGAAUUCGGUAUCCUGACAGCCCCGAAGGGAGUGGAGCUACCAGAGAAGGUUUAUAAUAUGGCGGAACUGAGAAAUGACUGA